GUUAUACGCAAAAUGGCAGCCAAAAAACCUCAAGAGAUUCUUGCUGCACUUCUCCAAACGGUCGAGCGCGACAUCGUCCCCUUGACGAGUGAUGGCGUCCGCUCAGGCAGCAAAGUCUUCGGCGCAUCAAUCCUCUCAUCUCGGACCCUCGAACCUCUGACCGUCUCAACGAACAACGAGCGCGCCUCGCCUCUUCUACACGGGGAAAUAAACUGCAUCCAAACAUUCUACACACAAACAUAUCCCGAUCCCAAAUCUCGACCUAAUCCCCGUGAAGACUGUGUCUUUUUCGCAACGCAUGAGCCUUGCAGUCUAUGCUUGAGCGGAAUCACAUGGUCUGGUUUCAAAGAACUGUACUAUCUGUUUACAUACGAGGAUAGUCGUGAUCAGUUCGCUAUUCCGUAUGAUAUCGAGAUUUUGGAAGAGGUUUUCCGGGUGAGGGCUGAGGGGGAGAGUGAUGAGGCUGUUGCGAGGAGAGCGUUGUAUAACAAGAGGAAUAAGUUCUUUACUGCGAAGAGUGUUAAGGAUCUUGUUAAAGAGAUUGAGAAUGGGGAUGAGAGGAAGCAGUGGAGUGAAGAGGUUGAUAGAGUGAAGGCGUUGUAUUCUGCGUUGAGCGAUGAGUAUCAGAAGAAUAAGCAGAGUGGGAUACAGACAUCAAGUACUUGGAAAUAAUUAAUGGACUUGGUGGAUUUGGGAUGAGCCUUGGGUUCUUUAUGCCUUGGCACUGUUGAGGUACCUACAGAAGACUGCUGGAGUGACCAGUAUUCUAUCACACUAGCCUAAGUACAGCUUUCAAAGAGAGUUGAAUACAACGAAUAUAUGCGUAUCAAAAUAAA